CGUCACAUUCACAGGGGCUGCCCGCCUCGCUCCACGGGAUUCAACUAUUGAUUUCAUCUCUCUCUCUCUCUCUCUCUCUCUCUCUCUCUCUCUCUCUCUCUCUCUCCCCAUCACUUCUUCCCAUAUUUUCUUCGAGUACUGCAGAACCCGCCGCUGCUGCAUUGAAGGGAGAGAUACAGAAGAAACGCCAGUGAGAUGGACGAGCUCUCGUGAAAACUGGACUCGUUGCUUUGAAUGAAGCUGUCGAUCUGAAAGAAUCACCCUCCAUGAUCUUCUGUUUGCACCAAACUACCCAUAAAGUGAUCUGCAGCAAAGUUGAACUGGAUCUCUAAGACUAAUUUGAUUCCUGGUUGGUGCAGUAAAGGCAUUUAUCGCAACAAUCAACGACAAUAUUGGAAAUUUCCAUAAAUCUCUGGUACACUGUUGGCAAAAAUGGAGGACCCAUACCGGGACCAAAUGUCUUUGGCCAAAGGUGCUCGUGACAUCGCCAAAGAAGCAAAACGCCAUACCGUCAAAAAGGUAAACAAAGUCGUGGAUCGCGCCUCGGAUGAAUAUGCAGGCCGCAAUUACAGCCGCUUCGAAAACAACGAAGAUGAAGGCGGUGAUGACAAUUAUUACUACCAUCAGGAUGGUCAGGCUCAACGAGACGAUGACGAGGGUUCAAGCGAUGCCACCGAAGGCCACGACGACGAGGACGAAAUCUACGAGGGCGAGUAUCAGGGUGUGCCCACAGGAGCUGCAGAUGGCCGUGUUCAGGUGGCGAUCGGUCAGCCGGUGGCGGAUGGAAUGAAGGACAAACGAGAGUUGGAGAAAGAAAGGGAGGCGGACGAGGAAGAGCUGGCACAGCAGUAUGAGCUGAUCAUUCAGGAAUGCGGCCACGGACGCUUCCAGUGGCAGCUGUUCUUCGUGCUGGGAUUGGCGCUUAUGUCUGAUGGCGUGGAGGUGUUCGUCGUGGGGUUUGUUCUGCCCAGCGCUGAAACCGAUAUGUGUGUGCCAAACUCAGGCGCAGGAUGGCUGGGCAGUGUGGUGUAUUUGGGAAUGAUGGUGGGUGCAUUCUUCUGGGGCGGUCUAUCGGAUAAAGUGGGCCGUAGGCAGUGUCUGCUGGUGUGUAUGUCGGUAAACGGGUUCUUUGCGUUCCUGUCGUCCUUCGUUCAAGGCUACAGCACCUUCCUCUUCUGCAGGAUGCUCUCGGGGUUUGGGAUCGGCGGAGCGGUUCCCAUCGUAUUCUCCUACUUCGCUGAGUUCCUGGCGCGAGAGAAGCGCGGUGAGCACUUGAGUUGGCUCUGCAUGUUCUGGAUGGUGGGCGGGAUCUACGCCUCCGCCAUGGCCUGGGCCAUCAUACCACACUACGGCUGGAGUUUCAGUAUGGGUUCAGCGUAUCAGUUUCAUAGUUGGCGCGUGUUCGUGGUGGUCUGUGCGCUGCCAUGCGUCUCAGCAGUCGUGGCACUCACGUUCAUGCCAGAAAGUCCGCGAUUCUACCUAGAGAUGGGGAAACACGACGAGGCGUGGAUGGUUCUUAAACAGAUUCAUGACACCAACAUGCGUGCUCGCGGAGAACCAGAGAAAGUCUUUACAGUGAACCGUAUAAAGAUCCCCAAACACCUGGACGAGCUGGUGGAGAUGCAGUCAGAGUCGGCAAACCCUGCGGCCAAAGUGUUAUUCAGAAUCCAAAAUGAACUGUAUGGAAUUUGGCGUACGUUCCUGAAGUGUUGGGAUUACCCCGUCAAGGAUAAUACCAUGAAGCUGGCCGUGGUUUGGUUCUCGCUGUCGUUCGGGUAUUACGGUCUCUCUGUCUGGUUCCCUGAUGUCAUAAAGCACCUGCAGGCGGAUGACUACGCGUCCCGUGUGAAGAUACACAAUAACGAGAGGAUCGAAGAUUUCACCUUUAAUUUCACUCUGGAGAACCAGAUCCAUUAUAACGGAGUCUUCAUCAACGACAGAUUUGUUAGCAUGAAGUUUAAAUCCGUGACUUUCAUCGACUCCACCUUUCAGAGCUGUUAUUUUGAGGACGUGAGCUCCAUUGGUUCUUACUUCAAGAACUGCACCAUCAUUGAAGCUUUCUUCUAUAAUACAGAUAUUGAUGACUCAAAAUUCAUAGGUUCUUCUGUGAUCAACUCCACAUUUGCGCUCAAUAAGACAGGCUGUCAGAUGACAUUUGAUGACGACUACAGUGCAUAUUGGGUGUAUUUCAUAAACUUCCUCGGAACAUUAGCUGUGUUGCCAGGCAACAUAGUCUCCGCCCUCCUUAUGGAUAAAGUUGGCCGUUUGAGCAUGUUAGGUGGCUCUAUGGUGUUGUCAGGCAUCAGUUGUUUCUUUCUGUGGUUCGGCACGAGUGAAUCGAUGAUGAUUGCGAUGCUCUGCCUUUAUAAUGGACUCAGUAUCUCUGCCUGGAACUCACUAGAUGUGGUUACGGCUGAACUGUAUCCCACCGACAGGAGGGGAACUGGCUUUGGGUUUUGUAACGCCAUGUGUAAGCUGGCCGCAGUUUUGGGUAAUCUAAUAUUUGGUUCAUUGGUCGGAAUCAGUAAAUCUAUUCCGAUCCUGCUGGCGUCAUCUGUACUGGUCUGUGGAGGUCUGGUUGGCUUACGGCUACCCGACACCCGCGGCAAUGUCCUCAUGUGACCCUACUGUAUGGUGACCUCUGAACCCUGAGUUGCCACAGAAACACGCAGGACACGCUCAGGAUGACAGUGGAGGUGACAACAACAUGUGACAUUAUAUGUUUGGUUUAUUUAUUCAUGUAAAGCUUUUGUUAAAAUUUGUUUGUUAAUUUAUUGACAAUUAUUUAUUGCCGUUUUGCACUUUUGACUUGCCCAGUGCCCAGUUUAGGCCAAAACAAGAUUUUUAUGCCUUAGCUAUGGUAAAUCAAAUGUUAUGAUUCUUGUUUUGCCAAAUAAAAAUUUAAAAGUACAAACAACAGUGAGCUUUUGAUCUAAUCUGGGCAGGCGAAUAAUUAUAAUUAUAAUAAUAAUUAUUAUUAUUAUUAUUAUUACGUCUUUAAACAUUCAGAGACAUUCAAAAUUCAGGUGAUUUUUAUUGUUUUUUAAUUUAAUUUAUUUAUUUUACAUUCCAGAAACGCUUUUUGUGUCCUUGAAAUGAUGAUGCUUUUACACUCAAACGCGAGUAAAAAAAAAAAAGGCCAUUUAGAAAUUAGCGAUAACCGCUUUUAUUGUUAGUCUUGUCGAAUUCGUUGGUGACUUCCACCAAAACAUUUCUUUAACAACGUACGAAAACAAUUAUACAGUUUACAUUUUCAGCUUUUUAUAAUGAUAAUGAUACGUCAAAACGCACUCUGAUCGCCGCCAUAAGGACACGCUUUAGACUUCAUUCUUGCCUUCGUGAACUUUAUCGUCAGUGUAGCUGAAAUUAACUUUAAUUGCUGUCUUGGUCUUUUUUCACUGGGUUAAAGGUGUCCUAAACUAGUCCUGACUUUAACCCUAGCUGCUUCCUCGGAAAACUGAAUGGCCUAUGCUUACUAUCCGUGCCUCCUUCCUCUAAAAUUCCUCCACCGGUCUCCUGUCAGCCUCUUGUAGGUUGUAGUAACACAUCACGCGGCAUAACCGAGAGUUUGUGUUUGUGAAGCUUUUCCUGGAAAGCUGCUACUGCUCAAUCCAACAGCUCUGUGUAGAAAUAUAUGUUGUGUUUUUAAAAAUGUUGCCUUCUCAUCACAUUUCACAGCAUUUUGAAGGUUGCUAAAUCUAAUUGUGCAAUAUCGUAGGAAUAUGCACGAUCACGGCCACAAAAUACAAAAUAAAAGCCAUUUAGCCUGGUCUGAUUGUUCUGACUAACAGGCCCUGUUGCUGCUGUCUACAUGCACUGAAGUACACUAAGGCCAGAAACAUACUCUACGCAAGUAUGCAGAUGUGAAUGUUUGGCCAUUGUAAACGCAUGGUUUCUUAACACGUCGCUGUAAAAACACGUCAGUCCUCAAGGGGGCGAUAAAGUAACUAAUGCUAACAACAGACAUGCUGACAUUUGAACUCAUUUUAACUUACUUGCGCUGCAAGAUUCUCUUAAAGCGUUAGCUUUGCGAUGACUUUAGUUGACCUCAGAGAUAAAACUGACCAUAGAAGAAGACAGUUUACGCUAAUGUACGCUAUACCGCCCCUUGUGGCAAUGCUGAGAAUGCAAUGUGUAUUUGUUUCGUUUCAGAACGCAACGACGAGUGAAACUGAGCUGGAGUAACUAAAAAUUUUUGCGUUCGUGUACUUGCGUAGAGAAUGUUUCGGGCUUUAUAAUCGUAAUUUUAUUUUGUUGUGUGUAUGCCAGGAAAGUAAAGAUAUAAACAUUUGUUUGGAAUUCGUCGUGGGGAACAACAUUGCUAAAUGUGUAUAAAUGUCUGCCUGAUAAGUUAAAAAAUAUGAAAAACAUGUCUCUUUAUAUGUAGGUGUAGAUAUCUUCAAUUUACUGAAAAGAGUAACUCCUUUAUGUCUAUAGAUGUUUAUUUUGGCUUGUUGUGAGAUUUCGGGGUGUUAUUUGAGUUAUAGAAAAGAUGAUUCAGUGUCUUUUAUAUGAUAGAAAACAGCUAAUUCCUGUAUACAAAGGCUACGUCUACAUUAAUCCGGACACAUUUGAAAACGGCGUUUUCGUUUCAAAACGCUCUCAGUCCACAUUAGCGUUUUCACACAUUUUCCAAAAGUUCCUCGUUCACACUGAAACGUAUGAAAACGCUUAAAUCGUGUCACUGCGCAUGCGGGAAAUCCCCGCUGCAUGUACGGUCUGAAACGCGAUUGUCCUCGUGUUCCGUCGCCGGACGCUAAUUCCGAGUAAAUGUCCCUUCGCCUUUGAAGGAACACAAUGUGAUGGUUGUACAAAGUAACAUUUAUUUUUUUAAUGUUUAAUCUAUAAUUUAAACAACGCUAUCAAAGUGAGUAUCACGUACAACAGCACCGCUAUAACACGCGCCGCCAUCUUGAUUGUUUUGGUUGGAUAGAUCACAUGACUGUCACAUGACAACAAAUGCAUCAUAAUUUUCACAUAUAUCCGUUUUCACAUUCCACACUACAACGCGAAAACUGCGUUUUCAAAUGUAUCCACUUUGGAGUCCGUUUUCAAAAAGUUUUCGAACAAAAACGUAUUAGUGUGGACAAGGCCUAAUACAUUUACGUUUGAAAACGCAUCUUUUUCUCUCCGUUUUGGCCUUCCGUCCAAACUGAGAUGCCGUUUUUGUGUUGUAGUGUGGACUGUGAAAAUGGAUAUUUGUGAAAAUGAUGUAUUUGUUGUCAUGUGAUGCAGUCAUGUGAUCUAUCCAACCAAAACAAUCAAGAUGGCGGCCUGUCCACACUAAUAUGUUUUCGUUUGAAAGUGCAUCUUUUUCCUUCCGUCUACACUAAGAUGGCGUUUUGAAAACGCACUCCAAAGUGGAUACGUUUGAAAACGCCGUUUUCGCGUUGUAGUGUGGACUGUGAAAACGGAUGCUUUGGAAAACGAUGACGCAUUUUUUGUCGUGUGAUCUGUCCAAUCAAAACAAUCAAGAUGGCGGCCCAUGUUAUAGCGGUGCUGUUGUACGUGAUACUCACUUUGAUAGCGUUGUUUAAAAAUAAAUGUUACU